AUCUCCUGUCCCUGCCAGCCACGUCAUCAACCAAGUGAAACGGCAACCCGGCUGCAUUGGACGCCUCGACAGUGUCUUGGGGAGGAGGGGUGGGGCUGAUCCCGUGCAAUUUCAGCUGGAAGCUUACUAAAUGUACGGAGACUACGGCCUAAGGGAGUUGGUUGCCAUUAGACUGUCCAAUUGUCACCUGCGCGCCCUAUUUUACCGGAGAACGAAACCAGAGAGGCGCGGUUUUGGUACGAACAGCUGCACAACCGGGAGGUGGCCAGCAAGGAAUCUACUCGCCCAUAUCGCAAUGUCUAUUCAGAUUGUGGCAAAACCGGGUCCACAUGACGGUCGGCAUGGCCGCAGUGUUGCAUUCCAGCGUCACAAUCAAGGGGCUAAAGGGCUAGAGCAGGCUUUGAGUGCUGUAGGGUUUCAUUUGGGCGCCAUUCUCAUUGCAAAGUCUGGUACACGCCGCCGAACACCUAAUGUUGGAAGCAUAUUGGGCCUUAAGCUCAGGUUUAGGUUUCAAGGCAUCUCCAAGUUCGUACGAUUGAUAUGCGAGCUCUGGCGGACAGGAGGAGGCGUACCCUGCAGCACGACUUAGCCCUUGGGAGCUGGCAUCACUAUUCCUCAGUUCUAUGGCGAGGAUUGCUGGGAUAUUCGCGCACCUUUCCACAGAAGAGAAAAGGGGCUUUAUGCGAAGGCUGCAUCACCACCAACAUUCAUGGCUGCAUGAUUCACAUGGUUACAUGGCGCGAAGCUGAUUCGGCUCCAGCUUGGGAUUCUAUCCAUUCGCUGGCGCUGGCGUGUUCCGACUACGGUCUCGUACGGGCUGCUAUCUGCUGACCGCUGGAUGCGAACUUGUUAGAGCUUUCCGAAAGACU